UGUCAAAUUAGGAAUCACCAAUUUCCCUGAUGCAAAUUUGGGCCUUCGCUGACCUGGGUUCCAAAGGCAUUAUCAGGGGUCCUACCCACGGUGCAGCUUCGAGUCGUAACUCUACUCCUCGGUGUCAGUCCCGUAGGUGUGUACGUCCUCGGUGUCAUUAACAGGCCAAAUCAUACCAACGAAUUAGUUUAAAUAUGGGGGACGUCCCUCUGUUUUUCUCAGCAAUCUCAUCUCUACAAUGGCGACCGUCACUGAAGCAGCCAUACUCCUUGCUUCAACUGAGUCCAAUUUCUCUGAUGGAACACCGAUAGCUGAUGGAACACCCAUACCAAGUCAACCGCUGGACACAAACAAUCGCAUCACUAUCAUCCAGAACAACUUCAUUGCAGAGGGUGCAACCAUCAACAUAUUCUCGAGUAACUGUAACGGUUCCACUGUGACCAAGCUGGACUAUGUUGCUGGAACUGCUGAGCCUACGUCCUCGCAUUCUCCGUUAGCAAGACAAUUGGCACCAGUAGAAUAUGGUCGCGAGAGCGUCAUAUUAAAUGGCAAUACUUUUGGCCAGCACGUCAUGAUUAACAUAGGAUCCCAAGAUUGCACAGGCGCUGUUAAGCAAACCGCUCUUCCUAAGAUGUCAAACUAAGCAUGACAUCUUCGCAAAGCAAGGGCCAUUCCUUCGACUUGUCACUCAGUCAAGUCCUGUGCGGUCAUUCCCGACCCUAUGUUGGACAUUGUAUUAUUUUGUAUCAGAGCUUAGUCCUGUGCGGUCAUUCACGACCCUAUGUUGGACAUUGUAUCAUUUUGUAUCAGAGCUUAGUCCUGUGCGGUCUCCCACGACCCUAUGUUGGACAUUGUA